AUGCUGAGGCCAACGCAGCCGCUUUCUUACCUUGUUCUCAUCCUCCCGACCUCCAUCGUCGCCCUCCCCCUCCUUAUCUACUUCCUCGCCUGCAGCGGCCUCGGCCUCGGCCUCCUCUGCCGCGCCAACCACCCUGCUUUCGCUCCUCUUCGCGACCCCAGCCCAAAGACCCCUUCUUUCGCCGCAUCCCUCCAAAGUUCUCACCUUUCGCCGGGUUCCGGCGAUGGACAUCAUCCCCAUACCCAGCCGAACUCCUCUCUGCCUUCCAGGAAGCCCGCGGGGUCGGAAAGGGGCAAGCUUUUUCCCAGCUUCCUUCACCCCAGUGCUCGGUCGCGUCGGUUCUCCGCGCGAGCUGCCGAGUUCCUUCACGGGUCUCGCUCUAAUCCCCUGGAUUCUCCUUGCACGCCUCGUUUUUUCAUGACCUGGAUCUCCUCCUCGGAAGUUUUUCGCCCCAGGGAGUUGUUUGCGGUCGAGAGCUUGUUCAAGUCCCAUCAAAACGCCUGCUUGCUCAUUGUUUCCAACGCCAUGGACUCGCCGAGCGGCGAGCAGCUAUUGAGACCUUUCUCCGAGAGGGGCUUCCGGUUGGCGGCCAUGUCGCCGGACUUCCCCUACCUCUUCAAGAACACGCCUGCCGAACCAUGGUUCCAUCGGCUCUUGAAAGGGGAAGUCAAUCCCGGGAAUGUCCCCCUUGGCCAGAAUCUAUCCAACUUGCUCCGGCUUGCAAUCUUGUACAAGUAUGGAGGAGUUUACAUCGACGCCGACGUCAUAGUUCUGAGAAGCUUCCAUGGUCUGAGGAAUGCCAUUGGAGCCCAGUCCGUCAACGCCGAGACCGGUAACUGGAGCCGGCUGAACAACGCCGUGAUGGCAUUCGAUGAGGAGCAUCCACUUCUUUAUAAAUUCAUAGAGGAGUUCGCGCGGACCUUCAAUGGGAGCAAGUGGGGUCACAACGGACCUUACCUUGUUUCGAGGGUCGUCGCCAGGGUCGCCGGGAGGCCUGGCUUUGAAUUCAGAGUAUUGCCGCCGGCGGCAUUCUAUCCGGUGGGUUGGCAUAAGAUAUCGACGCUGUUUCAGGCGCCCAGAAAUGGGAAGCAUUGGAAGUGGAUUGCGAAGAAGCACGAUUCCAUUCGUAGACGGAGCUUCGCCCUGCAUCUUUGGAACCGGGAGAGCAGGAACAUUGAGGUUGAGGAGGGGAGCAUCAUUGGGAGAAUAAUGUCGGAGUGUUGUUUGCUCUGCAAUUCUUCAGUGAAUGUAAUGUAAAUAGUAGCCAAGGUUUCUCUUUCUCUAAUGGAUCGCCUCAGUUCAUUCCA